AUGGGGAACCAGACGAGCGUGGUAGACGCGCUGGUCGAUCUCGAGUUCCCGACAGCCGCGGCGCCCGCCGCGGCCCGCCUGCCGCCCGGCCAUGACCUCCCCAUGGGCGUUCUCUCCUUCGAAGUCGCGUCGCUCAUGCGGAAAGCCCUUGAUUUAUGGCGGCAGCUCGACGCGCGGAACACUGCUGGCUUGGAAAAGCAGCUGCAGACCGAGGGCCUGAAGCGUCUGUGCGUGGGGGACUAUUCUCUCCGCUGGCGCUUGGCGGGCGCGGAAUACGCUUCCGACCUCACCGCGCUGACCGCCGCCGUGGGUAUGCUCGCGCGCAGGAGCGGGGGCGCGCGGAGCGGAGAGGUGCUGAAGCGGCUGCGGGGGUACAGCCGCGCGUGGAAGCGCGAAGACAGCUUCAGCGAGGGCGAGGCGGACGAACUCAUGCGGUUCCUGAGGGAACAGCUGGAGCCAAUGGGAGCUCUUCACAACGCAAUGCUUGCACUGGAUGACGUCAUCAACAGCUCCGCAGCAGACCCCGAGGUGCAGAACCCUAAGGCUCGCCGCCCCAAGGGGAAGCCACAGGCCGCCGUUAUGGAGCAGAUGCAAGUGGUGCAUCAGCUGCAGCGAGCAUCCCUCUGGAACCACCCACUCGAACGACCGGUGCUGAUGUUGGCAGUUUCGAUUGGGGUGCUGUGGCAGCAGUACCGAUCAGUCUUCGGCCGCCCAGCCCCCCCAAAGCAGGAGGAGCUGAAGGCCUCGCUGGGAGCAGCGGGGCUGCCGUCAGUGUAUGCGCGCGUGCUGUUGGGGGUGGAGCAGAUGCGAGAGAUGAGCCCGAUUAGCCAGCCAUUCAAGGAGCAGCGGAGGGAGCUCUACGGCAUGACUUUUGAGUCGACUCAAAAGUCACCAACCAGGAGGGAGCUCUACGGCAUCCUCCCGUCCACCGUGCGUUGGCGCCUAGCCAAGCGGCUGAAGCAGCGGUCCAAGCGGCAGAUAGACGGGGGGAUAGCCAAGGAUUUGAAGGGCGUGGUGGGGGACAUUCUGAGAAGAGAGCUCUACUCCAUCCUCCCGUCCACCGUGCGCCGGCGCCUGGCCAAGCGGCUGAAGCAGCGGUUCAAGCGGCACAUAGACGGGGGGAUAGCCAAGGAUUUGAAGGGCGUGCUCUACUCCAUCCUCCCUUCCACCGUGCGCCGGCGCCUGGCCAAGCGGCUGAAGCAGCGGUCGAAGCGGCAGAUAGACGGGGGGAUAGCCAAGGAUUUGAAGGGCGUGGUGGGGGACAUUCUGCGGUGGGCCGUGCCUCUGGCUGAGCGCACGGAGGUGUGGAAUGGCGACAAGUCGUUUGGCACGCAGAGGAGGAACCGCGGGCACCGCACUCUGCUGGUGGAGACGCUUCACUACUGCGACAAGGACAAGUUUGAGGCAGUGCUAGUGGAGCUGCUGACCUCCUUCUCCCUCGUCACGCUCCACUUCAGACGCGCAAACCUGCAACCGCACCCGCCCUCCAAAGCUCGCCCUCCCUCGGCCCCGAUCCGACGCAAGCAGCCAGGCUCGGCCGAGCCUAAGAACCAGGCCGCGCGGCCGUCCACCGCUCCUGCCUUUCCCCCUUCUGCAUCUGCUCCCACUUUUACGCACCGGAUGGGGGCAUAA